UCUCUCUCUCGGAAGAUACAGUACCUGCUGCCGCGAAGAUGUACGGACAAAGCCUCGCUCGUUUCAUCAUCGGCAUUGUUGGCAAUGUCAUCUCUCUGUUGCUGUUCCUGUCUCCAGCGCCAACGUGUCUGCGAAUAUGGAGGAACAGAACCACGGAGGAGUUCCACCCGUAUCUGUUCCUCGCCUCGGUGCUGAACUGCAUGUUCUGGGUAUUCUAUGGUUUACCAGUGGUUCAUCCUGACAGCAUUCUUGUAAUCUCAAUCAAUUCUGCUGGCCUUAUACUAGAGCUCAUUUACCUCAUCAUUUUCUUCUGCUACACCACCAAUGGGAAUAGGGCUAUCAUAUUUGGUAUCCUUAUUGUAGAACUCAUCCUUCUCGGUAUUGUUGCUGUCAUCACACUCCUCUGCUUUCACUCACACGCCUCUCGCUCCAUGUUUGUGGGGAUUAUCUGUGUCGUGUGCGGGAUCAUCAUGUACGCCUCUCCUCUCUCCGUCAUUGGACAAGUUAUAAAGUCACAAGAUGCUGAGUUCAUGCCAUUUUGGGUCUGCCUUGCUGGUUUUUCAAACGGGAUCGUUUGGUUCAUCUAUGCCUUCCUCAAGUCUUUCGACCCUUACAUCGCUGUUGGAAAUGGACUUGGAGCAGCUUUUGGUUUGUUUCAGCUGUCUGUGUAUGCUUAUUACACUUACAUGGGUAAGAGAAGUGUUUCAGUUGAGAGUGAAGUCAAGCAUUGUGAGAUUGUAUGAUUGUUUUGAGAGGAGAGUUAUUCAACUUUGGAUACUUGCAAAUUCUUCCAGCUCAUGAUUUUUUUGCUCAGACUAUGUUUUUUAAAUGAUUCAACUAACUAUUCCUGAUUGCUCUCA